AUGGAAAACAACGUCCGCUUCAACGUCUCUAAGUGCAAAGUUCUCACCAUCACCAGAAAGAAAAAUCCUAUCAUUCAUAACUACACUCUUGGGAGCCAAAACCUAACUCGAGCAGAUAUAAAAGCGAAAAAGAUCUUGGAAUUACCACCACAUCAAAACGUUCUUGGGACAUUCACGCGAACACCAUCGUCGCGAAGGCCAAUGUUCGGCGUACUUAGAAGAACUUGCACCAAAUUGAUGGACAUGAAAGCCAGACGAACUUUAUAUUUAUCGUUGGUCAAGUCCCAGCUGUGUUACGCUACAGAGGUAUGGUCGCCGGUUAACAGCGUCCAGAUUUCAAGACGUGUUGAAAAAGUGCAAAGAAGAGCGACAAGGUGGAUAACAAUGACAAAGCGAGGCGAACUGUCGUACAGAGAACGGUUAUUAGCAUUAGAUCUGCUACCGUUAACCUAUGAUCGAGAAGUCAGAGACUUGGUGUAUUUCUUCAAAUCAUUGUUUAGUUACAUUGACGUCAACAUCGAUAACUAUGUGUUGUUUGUGAGUCAUGGUCGUACUAGGCUGAGCCAUACGUCAAGAUAUAUCCUUCAAAGUAAACUCUGUAGAACUAACACUCUCCAGUCUUCAUACUACGAUCGUGUUGUAAAGAUUUGGAACACAGUGUGCCAAGAAGUCUCACCUGACAUUUUCCGUAAUCCAAACUCGUUUAAACACUAUCUUAAACGUAGUUACUCUACAUUAAUUAGUAAUGUUUAUGACGUAGACAUGUGUACGUGAUCAUUAACUCGUGACUGUCCUUGCCAUAGGACUUAAUACCACAAGUAAUAUAUAUGUGUGUGACGUAUAUUUAAUUAACUAUAUCUAAACUAAUUACGGGGAGCACCUCGCAUGGGACUUUUAUAGUGUCCCGUUUGUGCUUUUCCGUCUGAGUGUAUCUACUAAUUUGUGAUUUGUGACGUGUGUUUUGUCUUUCGUUUGUCAGUAUGUAUCUUUGUACCUGAUAUAGUACAUAUGUAGAUUGCUCAAUAAAAUUCGUUUAAUUCGUUAAAUAAACGUCUAAUCUAUAUUAGAGAAUGAAAUACAAUCACGGAAAUAAUUACAAUUUACUGAGACGACUCAACUGAGUAUUUUUUAAUGCAUCUUUUUUUACUUGGGAGUUUAAUCUUUUUUUUAUCCCAGUUCACUAUUCUGUGUUGAAUGAUUACGAGGGGUCAGUUGCGCGAAGGUAACGAGCCCUACAGACUGUAACCAUUUCUUUGUGACUUAGGGACAUUCUGCUGUCUGUCAACAUGCUUUGAUAAACUGUAUCCAUUCCCAAUGCAAGAUGACAUUCCAACGCUCUCAUCAGGGUGAACACUUGAAAAGUGAAUGUGAAUAUAGGAAUGUGAAGUGUGAUUUUUGUGGGAAAGAUGUCACCUUUGCGUCGAUGAAGGUAAGUAAAAAUAAAGUAACUUUUGAGAACAGUUUGAACAAUCCAGCAAGUCACGUCGUCUUACCUUAUAAUUAUCCUUGAACCAUGCAGUAUGGUAUACUCAGUUUUACUCACUGUUCAUCUAGGAACAUAUUGGUAAGAUCUGUGAAGAUGCACCCGUGGCUUGCAAAUACUGUAAGAAAGAUGUCUUGAGAAAAGACAUUGAAAGACACGAGAGACGCGAUUGCAACGAGGCUCCGGCGACUUGUGAGUAUCAAGCUGUAGGAUGCAACCACGAUAAGGUAAUAGUUACUUGCUGUAUUCGUUGACACACGCAGGUUUUCUACCGAUAAUUCUGUUUCAGUUCUUCCUAGCUCUUGUAACUUGCACCAAUAUAGGAUGUCCCUUCGCCUUAUUAGAGCUAUCCAGUAUAAGCUUUUUCUACGCGUACUAUCAGAUGAUAGCAAUGGACAGUAAGGGCAAUCUCGUUCCCAGAGGGAGAGGAAACAGUCGUUAGGAGAGGGGGCAACUGCAGGGGUUAAAGCAUGGAUUGCAAGGUUGAUGUAUUGCAUGUUAUAUGUACCUGGUAAUAAGGAGUAAUAAGCUAGUAAAUAUAUCCUUGCCUUUAAUUAGUUGCUGAUUAAGGCCGCGUUUACACUAUGACGCUACAGCAAAUUUACCGUAGCGUAGUGAUUUGCAUCCGGAGUGCCAACGUAGCGGUCUGUAGUUAAUACGCUACGGCAAACCACUCCGUUGUAGUGUAAACACAAUACUAAGAAACGUAGUGAAUUUUUAACGGAAUUGAUUUCUGUAGUUAGUACGCUACGGCAAACCACUCCGUUAUAGUGUAAACACAAUAUAAUUCCGUAGUUAGUACGCUACGGCAAACCGCUCCGUUAUAGUGUAAACACAAUAUAGUCUUAAUACUAGAAACGUAGUAAAUUUUUAACGGAGUGUUAGCCGUAGCGUCAUAAGGUAAACGCGGCCUAAAUGUUCAAAGAUACACAGUGUGAAGCAUGAGAAACAAAUGCGAAACACCCACUGCAACAAACUUUCAACAAAUAUGGCCUUGUUCACUUCAUUUCUUACUUUCGACACAAGUAAUUAUAAUUACAAACACAAUGUAGUAAGCUAUAAUGACAAUGUUUUUAAAUAUUGUUCUCUGCUAUAUUAAAAGACAAUAUCAAUGUUGAAUAACAUAGUGGGCUACUGGGCUUAUAUUCAGGGGACUUAUGUUCAGGGGCGCUUGUAUUUGGAAUGAGGUGAGCGUACAUGUGGUAGCCUUAUACACAGGGGGUUUAUAUUCAGGGGGGACUUAUAUUCAGAGGUUUACGGUAUACAGUAGACACACAUUUCUGGGUGCAUAUAGAACAUCUUAUACGUUGGGUUCUCAAGUCGAUCCAAUGGUAAUUUGAUAUCGCUGCCAUCACCGUAGUAUAGUAUAGUAUAGUAUAGUAUAGUAUAGUAUAGCAUAGCACAGAAUGACCUUGUAUCAUGCAUGCAGAAAUGCCUUGGUCAUUCAGUUUUAUAUAGCCACUUGAUCUUGCAUCAGUCAUUGCAUUUAGUCGAGAUAUGAGUAUAUACUAAUAGAAUUAGUUACGCCACGUAACAUGUCGUACACGUGAGGUAGCAGCUGAAAUAUUUUAAUAUUUGCCAUAAUAAGCCCAUAACCUGUUGGCAAAACGACCAAAUCACCAAAACAUGUUCACCAUUUUGCAAUGGCCGAGAUACAAUGUCUCAUCUUUUAACGAAAAUUCAAGCCCUCUCGCUAGAGCAGCUUUAAUAGCUCUUUCAAUAUUUGCCAUUGAAUAUAGUUUAAUAGUAGUGUGAUUAAAAGCACCUUUAAACGUAUAAAAAACUAUUUUGUAUGCUAUAUUCUGAUGAGAAUCUGUUCAAACAAAUAUAUCGAUUGUGAGCGUGUGCCCGCGCGAAUUUAGUAAGCGGAAUAAAAAGAGUAAUAAAAGCGCAUGCGCCAUUUAUCUCAUUUUGGAUAAAAUAAAUUCAAUUUCCCCAGAGUCAUGCCACUGCAUAACCCGCGAACAGUCAUACUCUGGGAACGAGAUUGCAGUAAGGGAUGAGUAGUACAAAAAAUAAGAUUUAUCUCAUUUAAACCGCACUAAUUGCCUCAGGACUCUACUUCAUUAUUCUACUUGGAUGGCCCUUACUGGGCCUUUAGCCAGUCUGGGGUGUAAGUAGUAUAAAUCUAUUUUAAGUUUCUAGGAACAAACCAAUCCAUUCUUACUUGUGAUUUCGUUGUUUUGUAAAAGGUUAUAAAGUGCAUUACAAAAUUUUGAAUUUUUAACUUUACAACUUUGAUAAUAAUCUCUCAGAAAACAUGGAAAAUUAUCUUCUGAGGCUUCGAAAUGCAUUUUUUUGGGAGGCAUGCCCCCAGUCCCCUUCUCUUAAAUGAGCGCACCAAUAACAAUUUGCUUACGACGUUACUGCUUACUGGAACUAAAAGAGGAACAGUUCAAGUUUUAAUAAGGUUGGCAGUUAUAAGUUAAUGAAAUAGUUUGUGAUUUGUUCAUGUAUCUGUAGUUAUGAUUAUGUUUCAAUAAAAUAUACUUCGAAAUAAUACUGUACACACGUAAAAACACGCAAGUUCUUGCAGGUUUGCAAACAAGUUGCUGGAAAUUUGUUCACAAGUUAUCCGCAACAAGUUGUUUUCGCACUCCUUGUUCCCAGUUGUUGUAAAAAUUGGAACAAGCUGUUAACAACUUGUAACAAGCUAGCUUGAUGGCAUCAUCAGACUUGUUGCAAGGUUGUUCUAACAAAUCGAAUACAUGCAGUCAUGAUAUAAGAAGAAUGUUACAUGGUUGUCAACAUUGUUAUAUCAUGACUGUAUCGAACCUGUUGGAACAACCGUGCAACGAACAAAUCCAACAACAUGAACAAUGUUGUUACAAGUUGUUAGCAAGUUGUUCCAUACUUGUUGAUAACUUGGGACAACCAGUAGGGAGCACAACAUGCUGACAGCCUGUUGUCAGACUUGCUACAAGAUGUGAGCUUUUUACGUGUGUAGAUAAGCAAAUGCUCAACUGCUGGAUUACAAAUGCUCAACUGCCCAAGAGUCGUCUAUAAAUUAUUAUUGCCAUGCAUUCAUCUUUGAUACAAUUUGUAGACUUUGAAGCAAAAGGAACUGCGCCAACAUUUGAAUGAUGCUUUGGUAAAUCAUGGUGGACAACUACUGCGGUAUACUCUUGCCGUUGCUUCUCAACUAAGCGACUUCAUCCCACGUCCAGAAUAUACAGGGAUGUUGCAGAAAAUCCAAGACGACAUCACUGAGGUUCGCUCUGGCUUGGCCGAGAAAUUCGUCAUGGUUGUCGGAAAGUUAACUGGCUUGGAAAGACGGAUUGAAAGCUUGGAAUCCAGUGGUGGUGGUGAUACAAGGAUUAGAAAUAAAGAGCAUGAGCUACAAAGUAAAAUUAGAGACCUUACUACUGAAUGCAGCAACUUACGUCAACGGAAUAUGAGUUUCGAACGAGAAAUGAGAGAUAGGAUGGAUCAAAUGGAUGCGUCAAUUGCUCUGAAUACAGCCACAAUUACCGAUUUGGAGUCCCAAAGAUAUCCGCGUGCACUACAAGCUAUCCCGAACAUAAGUUCUUUGUAGGAUUGCAUGGCGAUAAAACAUAUAAUAUUUUUUGUUUGUGGAAACACCACGUAAAUUUAUUACUGCAAAGCUUUCGAUUCGUAAGCCCGGAUCUUCAUCAGUGCUAAUAAUAUGUGACUUGUUCAGUUCACACGCCCCUGUUUCAAGCCUGGCUCACACUAGCAAUUUUGUCGGCGAUUUUUCUCUUCCUGGCAAAUGUGAUCGAAUAAAUGACAUGCAAAAGAUUGUUUACUUUUGAAAAGUGGCUCUAUACUUUUUGUGUGCGAGUUCACUCAUUUACAUCCGUCUGAAACAGAAAAUCGCCGACAAAAUUACUAGUGUCAACCAGGCCAUACAUUAAGUAUGGACAGAUCUGUAACUUCAGUAAAAAUGUUGCCCCAUGGCCAUGGUUGCCAUCUUCCUAGCAAGUGUCGCUCGCGUCAUAGAAUAGGAAGGUAUAUAACAGAAGUCUCACUCAAGCAAGUAUUUGUCCGCGUUUUUACAAGCGAUUCGUCAUCAAUCACGCCAUCCUGGCUAGUACAACCGGCACUUUGCACCUACCAAAACCUUAUAAAAACUUCCGGCUGUACUAGCCAGGAUGGCGUGAGCGAGUUAAAAUUUUCGUGGACGUAAACACUGACUCAAGUUACACUUCUGCUAUACUUUCCUAUUUUGUGCUCGCGUGAUGAAAUAAUUCGUCAUUUGGUAAUACGUCAUUGCUUUCAAAAAUGCUUUCAACACCGUUUCUACAACUUUAAUUGCUUUCAACAACUUUAAACAUUCAACAAAUGAUGCUGUUGAUCGUUUAAUCCAUAAAUUUUGAUCCAAAAAAGCCGCAAUAAAAUGCAAAAGUUCGUGUUUUUCAGGCGCCAUUUUGCUAGCAAGUGUCAUGGCGUGAGCAUGUGUACAUGCAUCUAGGGAAAUUCGAGGACACGAAGUCCUAUUAAGUUACACAUCUGGUAUAUACUUAAUCUGUGACCAGGCUUUAUAUACCAAAAGUGUCGUGAUCUGAUGGCUGGCGUCAUUUGAAGUUAAUAGACAGAUUUAGAUCGAGGACGCCAACGUCAAAGACGACGUGAAAAUGGCGUCAAAAUAGCGUGGCAUAUAUCCAUACAUGAGCACAUCGAAAGCUUUGCAGUAAUAAAUGUGCGUGGUGUUUCCACAAACAAAAGGUAUUAUAUGCUAUCCACAGUUAUCAUGGCACUUUAAGAUGCCAUGAAUGGGGCGAAGACGGCCUUGUACAGUCCUUGUCCAUCAAAAAAAAAAAAAAAAAAAAAAAAAAAAAAAACAAAAAAAAAAAAAACAAAAAAAAACAAUGCUUACUCGCAGUUGAAUGCUGAAGAUGUUGACGCUAUUUAUAUACAAGUUCUAGUUCACUUAUGUUAUUGACUUUGCUAUUAUAAAUGUGGGGUUUUAGGUUAUUGUUUCAUGGUUAGCAUUUGAUAUUUACCUUUAUUCAUAGCUUGAAAACGAUUAUUAAAAAAUUUGUUAUGUUUAUUUCCCUGCGCUUUUUCAGGGACAAACAAAUCCUUGAUACCACAAGUUCAGUUAGAGUGUGGUUCUCUCAAUGAGUUCUCUAGCUCGACAACUGGUCAGCCCGCCUCUGUAGCUGGUCCGCAGGUUCGAGGGUUCCUGUCAGAGGGCAGAUAGUUGCAUUUUCGCAACUGCUCCUGGUUAGCUAGGUUAUCUACAAAUCCCGUAGUCAAUAGAAUAAGAAGGUUAAGGAACUUGAUAGGGACAUAGUAGACCUCAUUAUCUAUGUUUCUGUCUUGGUUUAUGCAAAAAAUGGUCGGUUCAUCGACACGUCUGCAUUGUAUUUUCGCGCAACCAAACAAUAGCAGUAUGUUGCUUUAAUUAUCCAGUCGUGACAUUACACCAAUGGUCAAAUGAAAACAUAGCUAUUGGUUUCUCUCGCGAAAAUACAAUACACACGUGACGAUGAACCGAUGUCUGCAUCGAGUUCCCCAUAAACCUUAUUUUAUUGACUAUGCUUCAAUAGUAUGAAAGGCCCUAUGAUUGGGUGAAACCAAUUUGGCGGCCAAUAAGGUUCAGGCCCUGGCCCUAACUGCUCCCGGUCAGCUAGGUUAUCUACAAAUCCCGUAGUCAAUAGAAUAAGAAGGUUAAGGAACUUGUAGGCACAUAGUAGACCUCAUCUAUGUUUUUGUCUUGGUAAACAAAAAAAAAUGGUCGGUUUAUCGACACGUACGUCUGCAUUGUAUUUUCGCCCAACCAACCAAUAGCGGUAUGUUGCUUUAAUUAUCCAGUUGUGAUAUUACACCAAUUGUCAAAUGAAAUCACAUUCUCGUACCUAGAUCCCUUUUUACGAGCGGUGCGACGAAGGCCUCUGGCCAAAUCCAUAACCGGAUACCAUAAAAACAUGGUAAGAAAACAAUGUCCGGUGUUAGAACUAGCCAAUCAGAUGCCAAUUCGGAAUAUGGAUUUGGCCAGAGCCCCUCGUCGCACCGCGCGUAAGAAGGGCUCUGGGUACGAGAAUGAUGAAAUCAUAGUUAUAUUGGUUGCUGUCGAGAAAAUACAAUACACACGUGACGAUGAACCGAUGUCUGCAGCAUCGAGUUUCCCAUAAACCUUAUUUUAUUGACUAUGCUUCAAUAUAGUAUAAAAGGCCCUAUGCUUGGGUGAAACUAAUUUGGCGGCCAAUAGGGUCUGUCAGGCCCUCAUGAAUUUAGGAAUUAUUCCAAUUGUUCAUUUCCCCCUGAUCGCAGGUUAAUUUUGCCUGAAGGCCAGCACAGGUUUUUUAUAUGACUCCAGAGGGCAGAGUUAUAUUCAGUUCACUGGAGUGAACACGCGUGUAUAUCGUGUUGGCCUUCGCGGGCGUUGAAAGUUUUUUGGGUUGAUGUUUUAAGGCCCAAACACAUCGGACGCGAUUCGACAACGCAGCGCGAUUUUUCGAUUUUCACUGACCGAUAACUUCGACCCUGUUAAGUUUUUCAAAUAUUUAGAAGCGCUAUAGCAUUUUGAGUUAUUUGGUCUACGUAUCUUUUAAAAUUUCCUUUCAUUGGCUGUCAGUUUAUUAACUUUAAAAAGUUGGUGAAUCGCGUCUGGUGUCUUGGCCUUUAUAUAGUCAAUUUUUGCAAGUAAAUGCUCAUUUUUAGUGGUAUAUCCUAGCUAAAACCUGAAAACUAAAUGAAAAGCUAAUAUUGAUGCAACUACAGUCCAUACUACAAUGUGUUCAAGGCUGUGUUAAGUUGAAAUUCUUCAUAUGUCCAGAAAAACAAACGUUUGUGGGGAUUCUCUGCGGGGGGGUUUCUGAACUUGUUUUUCACUCGUUAAACGUUAGAUAACAGAUAUAACUUUGCUUUUCAUGAUGAAGUGUCAAGUUUGUGCAAAAUUUUCUUAUUCGAAUUCUGAAAAGACCACUAGUACUUGCUCUACUUUCUUAGGAUCAUGCCGAUAGUUAUAAAGUCCGGACUUGAAAUAGUCGGCUGAAAAUCAUAAAAUUUUUACAUAAAUUUCGAUAUUUCGUACUGAAUUCACAAAGCUUGUUGGCAUGCCCUAGCUCCUACCCCAGAGAUUCACUGAAUUCACAGACCUGAAUUCAGUGAAUCUCCGGCUUAAAAAACAAAAGCCAAUCAUCCCAAUUUUUAAUGUAUGCCAGAAAUUAGCUGAGGGAGGUGGAGAUUUUCCUUAAAAUGAUGAAAAUAAUUACAGUAACGUAGCUAGAAGGGGGGGGGGGGCUGUCAAAAUUAUUGCCUCCCCCCUGAGAAAAUUCAAAGUUAGACUGCAUGGUUAAAACACCAACCGAGGGCUUUUUUCUCGGUUAAAAGACACUCGCUAAAUUUAUUUGCUCAAAUUUUUCUGUGUUUGGAAAUUUCAAAUCUCGCGUUUUGGUUGGCUCCAUUUGUAAUCUCUUGAUCGAAGGCGUAGUGUUCCGCGACGAUUAACGUUCAUUUUCAGCAACUAAGUAAAUUAACCUACCAUUAUUCGGGGCAUUCCUUUUUGAUUAUCAGAAAUUGACAGAAUAACAACAAGCACGUUGGUCAUGCAGGAUUUUACUUUACGGGAAAACCACGUCACAAGGUAAAUUUACUAAAUAGGUUAGUGUGUCGCUGAGUGGAAUGAAUGGAAAAGAAGACAGUCACAUGACUGUUCUGACUGCCCCGAUGUUCGAGUACACACGUAAAACAAGCUGCUCCAUUUACUGUUCGGAGUACAGCGGAUUUUCGGAACACUAAUGGAUUGGAACACAAGACAGUCACAUGACUGUUCUGAACUGUUCUGACUAACCCGGAUUUUCGAGUAGGGGCAGCCAGAACAGACAGUUGGCAUAAAGGCGGUUUCCAGUCCUCGCACGAAGCUCCUCGCAGCUCGUCCCUCAUCACCCAUGGAUGAUUUUCACGAGGGGUACAUUCUAAAAACUAAUGUAAAUUAAAUAUGAAAUAGAAUAACACAGAAUAACAAAUACGUAGAUAAAAUAGUUAAAAAACCAAGACUAUUCGAUGCCUGACUCUGUUUCACACAUUAUUUUAUCAAAUUUUUGAAGCUACUUAAAUAUUCUCUGUUUGCUUUGCCUGCGUAGGUAAACUAUUCCAUAGAACAGCCCCGCUAUAUCCAAAACUCUUUUUUAAAUAUUCAAUACGUGGUUUAGGAACUGAAAGAUUUAUAUCAGCAUUUCUGAGAUUAUAAUUAGUACUAAGAUUUAUGCCCCUUGUUAUAAAUUUAUCCUUUAAGUUCGGAGCUGAGUUGUUAUUUAAUAUUUUAAACAUCAGGAACGAUUUAUUCAUUUUAUGUCUGUUGUUCAGAUUUUUCCAUGACAUAGCAUGGAGCAAAUCUGUCGACCUGACAUCAUAAUUGGCACCUGUCAUAAUUCUUGCCGCCCUAUUUUGUAGUUUUUGUAAUUUCUCUUUGAGCAUGCUUCCACAAUCAUCCCAUAAAGAUGAACAAUAGUCAAAAUAUGGGAGAACGAGAGAAUUAUAUAAAUUUUGUAGUGUUUCGGACGGUGCAAACGGCUUUACUCUUUUGAUGAUUCCAAUACCGGGCCAACUUUCCUACAUAUUGUGUCUAUAUGGUUUUCCCAGCUCAUUCUUUCAUCUAGUUCUACUCCCAAACAUGGAAAAGAGGAAUAAUGCAUGAGUAAAAUAUGCUCAUGCAUAUUUCAUCCAAUCACAAUGCUUAGGAGUUAAUUUUAAUUAGAUGCAAGCACUCGCAGCGAGCUGCGAGGAGCUUCGUGUGAGGACUGGUAUUACGCCAUUAAGCCUGGGUUGGCCUACGCCACUGACAGACACGUGACACUGCCUAUUUUCACGUGAUUGGAAAUGGACGACACAAUUUGCCUUUUCGUAAACGGUCAUUGCCACCAGUAACUGGGUCGCUGUCAUCAUUUCACAUGAAACUCGAUAUUUCACGCCUCGCAUAAUUGCCGCCACGCGGAGCCUGAUCGCAGGUUACGCGUGUUCCAGAAUUGUCGCGCGUGUGCAAUAUACGCGUGUUGUCUUGUCUAAAAUGGCGCAUGACAUGCUCACUAUGUGAAAGAUUUCGAUGAUCUCUUUGGCUCAGCUAUUAAGGAAAUCAACUGCCGUUCUUUUUGGAAAGAUUUGUCAUUACAACAGAAAGAAGAAAUUCAAAUAAAAGCAUUGGAGAAUUUACCCGAUGAUUAUCACGCGUGA